CUGCUCCGUACUGCGCUGUGGCCUCCAGCUGCAUCACCUUGAUGGAAGUCCAUGUGAGAGAUCAGUUCGGUUCAUCCUGAGAGAGAGAAGCUUCUGCUCCUCAUUAUUAUUACUGCUGAUAAUCACAGCUCAGUAAUGGCAAAGUAUCUAGCACAGAUUGUGGUGAUGGGAGUGCAAGUGGUGGGCCGAGCAUUCGCUCGUGCUUUACGUCAGGAGUUUGCAGCCAGCCAGGCUGCAGCCAGUGCCAGAGGGAGAGCAGGCCAGCAGUCGGCUGCGACGUCUAGCUUUACUGGAAUGAGCCUGCAGGAAGCACAGCAGAUUCUCAACAUAUCAACACUGAACCCAGAGGAAAUUCAGAAGAAUUACGAGAAUUUAUUUAAAGUGAAUGAAAAAUCUCAAGGUGGCUCCUUCUACCUGCAGUCUAAGGUGGUAAGAGCCAAAGAGCGUCUGGAUGAAGAGCUCACAAUUCUGAAUGAGAAUAAACCACAUGAGCAGAAAGAGCAGCAACAAACAUGAGUUUGGAAUUAUCAUCUCUCCCCUCUCCCUACCCGUCCACUGUAAAUAGUCCUAGUUAUGUUCAAUAAAGCUUUUUCCUUUUAA